AUGUACAACACUGGGUAUGACCCUUUUACCAACUAUCUUCAACAGAUAGAUCAUCAAAAAAGAAAUGAAUGGUUAUCCGAUAAAGAUACAAAUAUAAAUAAAGAUGAGUUAAAACAAAAUCUUUUAGAUAAUUUAGAAGAUUAUCUUCCAGGAUUUAAGUAUCUAUUUGAAUAUUCUUGGGAUUCAUAUGAUGAUGAUAAUAAUCUUCAUAAAGGAGAUUUUAUCUUCGCUUCAGAUUCUGGUGUUUUCAUCGUAGUUGAAGUUGAUAUAACUCAUGAAGAUGCUGUUAAAACCAAAGCUUUAAAAUGUAAAAGUAAAGCUUCAGAAAAAUAUGUUGGAAAAUAUAUUACACUUAUCGGCGCAACUUUUACGAAUUCCACAAUUGAACUUAUUGAUAUAAAUGAUGAAAUUAUUAUUCAAAAUCUUAAAAAAUUUCAUAAGUUCUCACAAUCUUUCAAUAAUAAUCAGAUUACUUAUCCAGAAAUAAAUCACAAUCAACUUACCCAUCCGUCCCAACAAGAAGAAUCACCUUCUAUAUCAGUUGCAGGUGCAGUUGUUGGAAUUACUGCCGCUGCAGCAAUUGGCUAUGUAAUUUGUUCAAGAAUUCCAAUAAAAACUGUCGUAACAACUGGUACUAUGAUUUAUAAAGCGUAUCAAGAUUAUCAAGAAAUUUCAAGAAAUAAUGAUAAUAAUAAUAACAACAAUAAUAAUAAUAACGAUAACAAAAUGAAACUCGAUUAA